AUGUCUGUAAAGACAGUAGGAUAUAUUGGCCUCGGCAAGGCGGGUGCCUCAAUGGCAUCAAACCUUCCUCGAUCCGGCUUUAACCUGGUUGUGAGGGAUGCCGAUCCAGCACGAGAAAAAGAGUUCGCUUCGAAAUAUCAGAAUGUUACUAUUGCCGAAGCUGGCCCAAAUGCGUUCAAGGACUGCGACGUCUUGAUCACCAUGUUGCCGCAAGGAAAGGUCGUGAGGGAAGUAGUCCUGGGCGAAAAUGGAAUCGCCAAGGGUUUGAAGAAGGGAUGUAUUAUCGUUGACACAUCGUCGUCUUCACCAUACGAUACCCAAAGUCUCGGCAAAGACCUAGCAGAUCUGGACUUCGUCCUCGUCGACGCUCCAGUAACUCAGCGACGUCUGCAUGAUACUGACAUUGGUGAGGCCACGCUCAUGGUGGGAUCCGACACUCAGGAGGCAUUCGACAGAGUUCUGCCCGUUCUCCAGGCCAUGGCAAGAUGGGUCUUCCAUAUGGGCAAACUGGGGGCUGGCCAUGCCAUGAAAACACUAAACAAUUAUACCAGUGCUGGAGCAAUUGUCGCGCUCUCAGAUGCACUGGUGGCAGGACAGAAAUUCGGCCUCGAUCCAGUCCAAAUGAUUGAUGUUCUCAACGUCGGUACAGGGCGAAACUUUUCCACGUCAGACAGCUAUGCAACCGAUGCACUCCCCAAGAGAUAUGCAACCGGCUACCAACUUGCCUUGCUGGUGAAGGAUAUUGGUAUCUCCAAGGAACUAUUUGAGAUGGUCAACUUUGAAACCGAUAUGCCUGACUUAAUCCUCAAGUAUUUCAAGGAGGCGCAAGAGGGAGUUGAGCCGACAGCUGACCACACUGAACUCUUAAAGAGCUGGGAAAAACGAGCGGGGUUGACGCUCAAAGUCGGCACUCCAGAUGGCUCGACAGUAACCGCCUUGAAGGAAUAA